AUGUCAAAUGAAUUUACAGCAUCUCUUAAAGUUGUUCAAAACUUUCUUGGUGAUUGUCCCUCAAAUGUCUCUCUGGCUGCUUUGAAGAAUCUUAGUGAUUCAAUUAAAGUAUUAAAUCCCGACCAAACUAAAGCCGUUAUUGAUCUUGCUUUUCGAGAACGCACUUUAGCCCUACUUUAUAACAAUGAACUAAUGUCGGAAGUGCGAUCCUUACUUCAGUUAUCUGUAUCGUCAGCGGUAGAAGGAAUAUGCUCUGCUUCCACCCCUUUCCUUUUGAUCUCCGAUCUUAUCAACACAAAACCAAUCGCUGAAGCUGAGGAAAAUUUUCAAUUUCUUGAGGACACUAUCAAAGCUUCUCUUUUUGGCUCGGGUCGCAACAUUCUUCUUCGCAUGUGCAAUGAUCUACUUCGUCGACUUUCAAAGUCGCAAAAUACUGUUUUUUGUGGUCGAAUUCAAUUGUUUCUCACUUCCCUUUUUCCUCUGAACGAAAAGUCGGGUCUAAAUUUUACCUCAAACUUUAACAUUGAUAAGGAGGUUUCCUAUAGUAACGAACCGGAUGAAAGUCUCUUCCAUGCUUUAACAACGACUAAAGAUGACUCAGAUAGCACCUCAAAAGCUCAAGCUUGUGUUACUCCAGUGAAUGCAGAUUUGUAUAGAAAAUUCUGGAAAUUGCAGGAUUUGUUGAAGUCGCCUACUAUCUGCUAUACUCGGGAUGGUUGGCUCAGUUUCGUGGAAUGUUCCGAUUGUGUUAUUUCGACUUUUCAGAGUAUCCGUCUUGCUCCAGGUGGAAGUGAAGAAUCGCAAUGGAAUGAAUUCACAAUGUACCUUACCAGUGAAAAGCUGCUAGAUUUGCAGUUAAUGGAUCGCCAUUUCCGUCGAUACAUUCUUACUCAACUUUUAAUCAUCUUCCAGUAUCUCACUGCCCAAGUGAAGUUCAAAACUGAAAGUCAGCGAUUAGAUGAACAACAAAAGCAAUGGAUCCAAAAACAUGAAGCCACGAUAUUUGAGUUACUUAGACGAGAUGCCGUCUCAAAAAAUGACGUCACGGAACCAGUUAUCAGCCACGUUCUUCAACGAGAAGCUCAUUGGAACGAUUGGAAGAAUCAGGGUUGUCCAUCUUUCAUCAAAGAACCAGAAAAAUCUACCCUUAAUCCAAGGAAGCGAAGGACCAACCCUCUAAUGGAACGAUCAGGCAAGAAGUUGUAUCGAUUUGGGAAUCCAGCUCUGGAUGAGCUAUGGUCCAUGGCUCCUGAUAAUCUGGAAGCUUGCCGUGACAAACGUCGUCUAUUUGCGCCCUCCGACCUGAAUGAAUAUUUCCAGGAUGCAAUUUUGGAGAUGGAUCCGAAUGAGAAAGUGGAAGAACAAUAUAAGUAUUCGACUGUGAAUAAGGUCAACGGCGCUGAUACGCCUCAAAAGGUCUCCCAGUCUUCCUCAAAGGUUCAAACUGAAAAGCCCUCCCCAAGUCCGCAUCAAGAAAGUUUGAAAAAAUCCAUUGCAGGAGUUCCAAAGGCUUCUUCAAAUGAAAAUACGUCGUCUUCUGCACAUGUAGUUAUUUAA